AUGCGUCUGUUGAACACUUCCACCCUCGAGCCCCAAGAAUUCGACUAUGGCAACAUCCCGCCGUAUGCCAUUCUCUCGCACAGAUGGGGGAAAGAAGAAAUCACUCUCCAAGAACUGGAACAGGGCGUCACCACUAAAGAAGGAUUCAAAAAGGUUCGCAAAUGUUGUAAGCGAGCCAAACGUGACGGGUUCGACUAUGCCUGGAUCGACACGUGCUGCAUAAACAAGACAAGCAGCGCCGAGUUAUCGGAGGCAAUCAACUCCAUGUAUCUUUGGUACUAUCAAGCCGAUCGAUGCUAUGCCUAUCUUGUGGAUGUCCCUUCGAAAUGCAUGAUUGAGGACAGCGAAUGGUUUACCCGAGGAUGGACUCUCCAAGAGCUGCUCGCGCCAUCAGAGGUUCACUUUGUUGAUGAGCACUGGAACGACCUCGGGACAAGGACGGAGCUUCAAGGAACCAUAUCUAAAUGCACUGGCAUACCGAUCAACAUCCUCUCUGGUGACGACGAGCUCGAAUCGGCGAGCAUCGCCCAAAGAAUGUCAUGGGCUGCAAAAAGAAAGACUCAAAGGCUUGAAGAUCGUGCCUAUUGCCUGAUGGGAAUAUUCGGCAUCAACAUGCCAUUGCUCUAUGGAGAGGGCGAACGAGCUUUCAUCAGACUCCAGCAAGAAAUCAUGAGAGUCUCGGACGACCAGAGUCUUUUUGCAUGGAAAUCCUCCGAUACCCGCGGCGGACUGCUGGCAACUUCGCCAGAGGCCUUCGAAGGCUCCAAAGACAUCGUUCCAUUCAAUCACUUCAACGAUCCCGGUGAUCCUUCGACUGUAAGCAGCCGAGGGAUACAUCUUGCGGUACGCUUCAUCGGAAUGGGGGCCAGGGGAAUCGGCCUCGCAAUUCUUCAGUGUACAAUCCGGGAUGGCGAUAAAAGGCCGAUUGCAAUUUAUGUCAAAGACCAAUCGUGGACAAUGGAAGAUUUCGAGAGAGUCCGAAGCGAUGAGUGGGAGCUGCUCGAUCUGAGAAAUUUCAUUUCCACUCAAUAUCCAUUGAGACGGCUAUGCAUUCGCGUCGGGCGGAUGACGCCUAUCCGAAGGCGCGAUAGCAUUAUUAGCCAAAGCGACAUCGUCAUACGAUACCAUGAUUGCUACGGCUAUAAAGAGCUAGACGUCCUUGUGAAUUCUGCGGAUCCAGGGGCGUUGUGGCGUGCAGCCGAAAGGGGGUCCCCAGACGAAGUAUGGUUGCUAUUGACGCGAUCCGACAUCGAGAUUUUUAUGCAAGGUGAAUAUGCACAGACAGCUUUGAAAUUCGCGGUGGACGGCGGCAAUGAGACUAUCGCGAAGAUAUUGCUUGUUCGGGGCGCUCAGGUCAACUCGCCUCAUCGCAUGUCUGACACGCUGUUGACGAGCGCCAUGAAGCAGGGACACAAGGGCAUUAUUAAACUGCUGCUUGAUCACGGGGCGACAGUGAAUCCCCCGCCGGGAUUUGGUAAUGGAGGCGCACCGCUACUAUUUGCUGUCAACGAAGGACGCGAGGAUAUCGUUGAGCUGCUGCUGCAUAGGGGCGCCGAGAUUGACCUUCCCCCCAACGAGUACAGCGUAACACCGCUAUGGGCGGCCCUUGAGAACCGGCAUCACGGAAUCGCCAGAGUACUGCUCGAGAACGGCGCUGAAGUUGAUGAAAAGUCUACAAUAGACAACAAAACGCCGCUUAUAUAUGCUCUGGAACAUGGAUAUGACAGUUCUUUCAUUGAGCUAUUGCUGGACAAAGGGGCUGGUGUCGAAUCGACAAACAACCGCAACGAGACACCGCUUCAUCUGGCCUCUGGAAAUGGAGACGUGGAUGCCGUCAAGCUAUUACUCGAUAAAGGUGCCGAUAUUGAGGCCAAAAGCGACACCAACCUCACGCCACUUUCGCAGGCUGUUUUAGGGGAGCGGCACGAUGUGGUUAAGCUAUUACUCGAUCACGGCGCCGAUAUCGAAACGGAACCGACACCACUUGCACUCGCCGCAUCGCAAGGGUAUGCAAAACUUGUCAAACUGCUACUUCGCAGAGGCGCAGACAUUGAAUCCAGGGACUCGGAUGGUAGAACGCCGCUCGCAGUGGCUGCAAUGAGCGGGGAAAAGAGUGUGGCAAAGCUGUUGCUUUCUGAAGGCGCUGAGAUCGAUUGCAGAGAUUCCCAAGGCCGGACGCCACUCGCGCUGGCCGCAGCGCGUGCAAAGGAAUCUGUAGUGAAGCUGUUGCUUUCUCAGGGCGCGGAUCCCCAUGUGAGGGAUUUUGAAGGCCAGACACCACUCAAGAUAGCCCGUAAGGGG